AGGCUGCGGCCGGCGGCCCUGCCCGCGGCUCUGGGGUGCAGAGCACCCUCUCCCGGCGCUGCCUGUGAGCAGCUGCGGGAGUUUUUUUUUUUUUAUUAUUUUUUUUAUUUAUUUUUUUUCUGCCUGCCAGCCCCAGCUGGGGCGGCUCGUCCCGUCCUGUCCCGUCCCGUCCCGUCCCGCCCGGUCCCGCCGGGCAGCGGAAGCCGCUCGCCGGGGGAUGCAGCGCCCCGCGCCCCGCGGCUGAGCGGGCUCCCGGCCGGGGCUCCAUGGGCUGCACCGGCAGCGCCCUGCGCUGCUGCCCCGCCGGCGGCAAGAGACAGCUAAAAGCCCAGCAGCAGAGGGGACCGGCUUCCCAGGAGCUCACGGCCUUGAAGAUAGAGAACGCCAAUGCCACCCUGUUGCCUGAGGAUGGGAAGGAGAAGGCAGCACCGCGAGAGGAACAGACAGGGAGCGCGAGACUCCUCCAAGGCCAUGGGGAGGAGGAGGAGCGGCUGCGGGAUGCCAGUCAGGCAGGCACCGCGAGAAUCGCCCAGGACGUUAACAUCCAGGUGGAAAAGGGAAAAGACCUGGAGCUGGAGAAGCAGUUCGAGGCCCUGAGGAGGGAGCACACGGAGACCCUGCAAGAGCUCCAGAAAGCACAUGAGCAGGAGAAGCUGCUGCUCGCAGAGUCGCACCACAGGUCCCAGGAGGCCUUACAGGAGACGAUCCAGGCACUGAAUUCCCAGCUGAAGUCCUUCCAAGAGAGGAUGAAGCGGGUGGAGGAGUCACUCUUGAGCACAGACUACAAGAAGCACAUCCAGGAGCACGGGAGCCCCAGCCCCUUCUGGGAGCAGGAGCUGGAGAGCCUGCACUUCGUCAUCGAGAUGAAGAACGAGCACAUCCAUGGCCUGGACAAGAAGCUGCUAAACCUGGAGACCGUGGCGGAGAGGAACCUUCUGCUGGAGGAGAAGGUGAAGACUCUCCAGCAGGAGAACGAGGACCUGCAAGUUCGCACCCAGAACCACUUGGUCAUGGCGAGGCAGCUGUCGGAGGAGCUCCUGGCCGCCCGCGGGGCGCUGGAGAAGGAGGCGCAGCUGCGGGAGCAGGUUCACCACGAGAAGGAGGAGCUGCUGUACCGCGUGCUCAACGGGGGGGAUGGCUCCCCCUUCCCCAUCGCUGCCGGCGAGGUGCCCCUCAUCGCCACGUAGCACGCUGCCGACCGGCACCGCGCACUGCUGGCAGGGGCUGUCGGGGCUUUCCUCCGGGUGUGGGAGCCCAGGGCUGCGCUCACAAGUGCCCCCGCUGCUGGGGCAGGCCCCCGGGGUGGCCGAGCCCUCGGGGUGGCCCCAUCCGACCGCGGCGAUGGAGCAUUUCACAGGACACUUGCGCCUGCCUUUCCCCAGCCCGUGCGGGGCUGCAGGAGCACCCCGGACACCUCCCUGUGCCAUCCCUGCACCCCUUCCUCUGGUGGGAGGCUGCGGGGGGCUUUCUGGGGGUAAAAGGGGUCAGCCAGGACACGCAGAUGUGCAUUGGGCUGGAUCCGACCCAGCGCUUGGCUCUGAGCAUAACCAGCAUCAGUGCUGCCUGGGGGCAUGAGGCGAGGAAGACGAGGCGCUCACUGGGAUGGGAUGCGGACAAGCACCGGGAUGAUGAGGAAGGUGCUGGGCACAUGGUGGUAUUAAGGUACCUCACUCCCCGGGGAGCAUCCCUGGGAGGCAGGCGGCCAUGCCCAGGGCUGAGCCACGGAGGCUUUCACGGGGUAGCAACAAAGGACAGGAGGGAUGGGUGCAGCUGGGUAUAUCUGCCACCUCUGGCACUGCCCUCACUAUAGACCACAUCACCUGGUCCCAUUUUGGGGCUUGGCAUCCUGCUCAGGCUGCUCAAAGCCAAUGCCACCCACUCCUGCCAUUUCCAGUGAAAGCGGGGCUCCCCCUGCCCAGGACCUGCCUUGCUGCCUGGGGAGGGGGGCCAGGCAGGGCUCCCACCCAUGCCCUCCUCUCCCCAUCACCGCCUCCAUCAUCAGCAAACGGCUCCCAGGGUUUGCUCCUGCAGCCCAGGCAUGCUCCUGCUCACUGCCACACAGACACCGAGCCCUCCAUGUCCCAUCAGCAGCACCACCAGCCCCAUCUUCUCCCCAAAGCCAGGCAGAGGCUGCAUGCCCAGAGGUGCACAUUUGGGCAGCAGAGCAUCCUCCCAAGGGGGAGCAGGCUUCAACGGGUCACAUCCCUCCUUGCUCCGAGCCAGCACAUCCCCCUUGGGGAAGAUGGUGCCAGCACAGCUGUGGGUUAGGGCUGGAUGCACACAAGCACUUUCCACUGGGUGUACGAGUGUGGUGGGACGGUCACUGCUCUGGGGGCUGUCACUGGCCUGUCCCCUCCCCAGGGCUGCUUAGCUGGGGGGCGUGUGUGCGUGUACCAGGCCAACGUGCUACUGGCUGUAACAAUUACAAGUCUGUAAGAAGCAG